GCUCGGCCCCGCUCCUCGGGCCCGCCAUGAGGUCGCCGGCCGGGAAGCAAGGAGGCCGGCGGCGGCGGCGGGGAGCCGCGGGGGCCAUGGCGGACAGUAACGCGGACUGGAUGGGCUCGCUGCCGGCGGCGCUGCGCUCCUACCCGCUCUCCAACCUGGCUAUCCCGGGAUCACAUGAUUCCUUUAGCUACUGGGUUGAUGAGAAGUCUCCUGUGGGACCAGACCAAGCCACAGCCAUCAAACGUCUGGCCAGACUUUCUUUGGUUAAAAAGAUCAUGAAGAAAUGGUCAGUGACUCAAAAUCUGACUUUCAAAGAGCAGUUGGAAAGUGGGAUCCGCUACUUUGAUCUUCGGGUAUCUUCCAAACCUGGGGAAACAGGACAAGAGAUUUACUUCAUACAUGGAUUGUUUGGCAUUAAAGUACGGGAUGGGCUGAAGGAAAUUAACACCUUUCUUGAGCAGCACCCCACGGAAGUAAUCUUCUUAGAUUUCAAUCACUUCUACGCCAUGGAUGACAGCCAUCACUUCUUCUUAAUCAACAGGAUCCGCUCAGCAUUUGGAUCCAAACUUUGUUCUGUUGAAUGUGUAGAAUAUGUGACUUUACAAUACAUGUGGGAGAAGAAAUACCAGGUUCUUAUAUUCUACCACUACCCUUUGUGUCAGGAAUACCCCUUCCUGUGGCCAGGGAAUAAAAUGCCGGCGCCAUGGGCUAAUACAACCAAUGUGCACAAACUGUUACAGUUCCUGGAGACCACUCUAGAGGAACGAAGUCGUUACGGGACUUUUCAUGUUUCUCAAGCAAUCCUCACACCUCGAGUGAGAACUAUUGCACGGAAUCUAAUUCGUGGUCUGAAGAAUACGCUUGUUCAUAGGAACCUGCCCAUGAUUUUGAAUUGGGUGAAAGCACAGAAGCCGGGUGUAAAGGGCGUUAACAUAAUUACAUCGGACUUUGUGGAGCUGGUUGACUUUGCUGCUACAGUUAUUGCACUAAACGACCUCCUUUUAGAAGAGGAUGAAUCUGCAACUAAAUCCUGAUUGCUGCAUCCCAGUUGUGCUCCUCAGUGGACAUCUUCAAACUACGCUAAAUUCAUAUCUAUUAAAUGACACCGGUUGUAAGA